UAGUCUACAAGCACUUGCCAUUGUAACGACAACCACUCAGGCACGUCCGCAUCUAACUUUUCUUGAGCGCGGGAAUAACUCAUCUGUGAGCUAUGCCGGAGGUUGCCUCAGCCAGGACAGAGACAUACGCAACACACCUCCCAGCAGCAUUAUCAACGGCCGCAUCAGUGUCUAAGGCCGGAUCCGAUAUGAAGAACAAUGGCAAGGAUAAGACUUUAGCUUCCGACGACAAUCAGAAGGAGCUUGUUCAAAAGGAAGAGCAGGAAGAGGAGGCCACCAAAAGCGAAGCUGCUGUCGACCCAUCCCUCAACGCCGACCUAAAGGCAACAGAGAAGCAGGAGAAAAACAUCAAUGGCAGGGGUGGGUCCAAUAGCGAUACAGAAUCCGGUCCAAUUGAUACUCCUAUCUUUGCAGGAGAAGCCAAUCAAGACGCAGAGAUGAGGGAGGCAUCACCUACGCCAGCCGAUGUGACUGAGCAGGACAUGCCCAUGAUGGAGGCAGCUCCGCUUCGAGAAACCAGUGGCUCUGGAGCAAGUGAGGGAAUAAGCCAGGAGGAUCUCGAUGGAGGACUCUUGGAUGGUGCAUUGGAUGACUACGACGACUUAGAUCAAGAUACCGAAGAUACCGAAGUGGGCAAUGGCGAUGAUGACUUCAGUGAUGACGAUGAUGAUGAUGACGAUGAUAUGGACGGCAGGUUACUGGAUUCCAGCAACAAGCCAGGUCCCGAUGAUGAGAUGCAUUCGCCAGCCACCAUGUCGCGUGCCGAUACCGUCAAGUCGGACGACCGAGACAUGGACAUGCACGAUGAUACUACAGAUCAUCAAGACAAGGAGACCACCUUAGGCCAUUCCGACGACUCAGACAGUGAUCUUCCAGAGCCUGAAGGAAGCGACAACGAGCACGAGGACGAUGAAGACGAAGACGAUGAGGAGGAUGAGGGCGAGGACGACGAGAUGGAUGAGGAGGAUGAGGAGAUAAUGCCAGUUAAGAAGGUGCCGGAACUCAAAAAGGAUUUUGGGAUGUCCCAGAAACCGAUCCUCAACCGGCCACCAGCGACUGAAGAGGAACUCAAAGACAGCGGAGAUGAAUUAUCGGACCUUUCAGAGUUUGAUGAUUCGGACGAUUCGGAUGAGGACGACAUGCCCAAAAUAAAAGUUUCCAACAAAGAGUUCGUCGCAAAUUCUUCAUCCGCUGCAACAGCAUCAACAGCGCAAGGGAACGGGAAGCCAGAACCAGGUGGACGCAAGAGAUCAGUUCAGGACAGUAGCACUAUCAAGCAGGAUCUGGACUCUGUUAAAACGGAGCAUGAGGAGCAGAGUGAGGUUCCCAACGGUAAAGCAAGAGCCUCUGAUCGAAAGGCCUCCGAGGCAGAAGAUACGCACCACUCGGACAAGGAAUCGUUUUCAGAAGCACAUGGGGAGGAAGAGGAGAAGGUUGCCGAGGAAGAGGAGGAGGAAGAGGAAGAUUUGGAAAAGAAGCAACUACACAAGGACGCCCUGGAAGCUCUUACAAGUAUUGAAGUCGAGUUUGCCAAUCUUCGGGAUAAGAUGUACGAAGAGCGCAUGAUGGAGCUGGACAGGGAGGUUGACAUGAUCAAUGCCGGUACACAUCCUGAACUCUCGUCGCUGAUGCAGGAAAUCGAACAUAAGCGCGAACAGAGGUUGCGCUUUGCAGAAAUGGGCAAACGGUAUUUGAUCGACAUUGCCGAGAGCGCGUAUCAAGUUGCCGAGUACAGGGCCCAUUGCACUUUCCAGGUAAACGUUCUACUCGAAGCACAAGAGUGCACCUGCUGAUUACUCCAUGGAUCAUACUGAUCUAUCAUUUCUUUUUUGCGUAUAGUCUUCAAGGCGCACUACGCGAACAGAUAUGGUGCGAGCUCUUGGGAAAAAGCAACGGCAAAUAAUGAUGGAGCUCACAUUGUCGUCUGAGACCUACAAGCGAAGAGUCAUCGAUGACAAGGCGACGUUGGUGCGUGCACGAAA